UUUGUUAACGCGCCCCACUCGCGGACUCGCUGAUCGGGUCCCCGCCUCCCGCGCUCGCUCCCCGCGGGCCGCCACCGCCGGCCCGUCGCCUCAUCGCGCGCCGGCAUUCAUUCCUCCAGCGCUCUCGACCAGAGCGCGCGCGCACACCGCUAAUCAGUGCUCGCGAUACACGUACCUAUUUUUUAUGUAAUUUAAUCGCUCAGACCAAUAUACGGUUUUAAAGUACAAUUUGGUGUCGUCUUCAUCAUUUACGAACCUUCGUCAACAAGUUUCGAGCCGGAUUCGACGUAAAGCAACUUUAAAGACGCCGUUUCGACGAGGUCCAUCAAACACAAAGAAGAUAGCGCGCCUGGCCGAGACUACAAUCGCCAUUUUUAUAACAUCGGAGUGAAUCACCGCGAGCCAACCUAAGCUACAACUACUACAAUAAAGCGAAAUUUGUGAAGUCAUCGUCCUGCCCGAGAAUAAAGAAACGAGACAUUCAAAACCAGAAAAGGGUUCCACAAACCAAGAACGGCUCCACAUACCAGGAAAAGGGUUUGCAGUGUUUAUUUGUGAGUCGUUCCUAUUUUAUUUCUUAUUGCGCAGGUAUAAUUUGACCACCUUUAUUUGGUACUUAUUUCUUUAAUUUUCAAUUUAAUUCUCUUCUAGCUACUAAAAUCACAUUCCUGUUUCACGUCACCCAACUCUUAAUCAGUCUACAUCUUAGUUAAAUCGUAAUAUUUUUUUAAUAUUCCUUUUUUAAUUUACAAGCUUUCUUAUCAAGGUUAACAUUCCCGUUCAUAUUUUGGAUAUUUUUAUUACAGUUUUCGUAAAAUUAGCUUAAAAUUAGUAACCACAUUUCAAGGCCUAAUUAAUUGUAUUGCAACCAUUUGUGCCAACCGUGUGCCAUCAUUGCUAUAUUUUAAUAUUUACUUGGCACUGACCUAUCACACAUAGACAGUUAGUCCUCAUAAGGCUAAUCUGCCAAAAGUGAAGCCGAAACACGAUCGAUGUGUGCGUGCGACGCUCGUGUCUUACGCUCAGCGACACACACAUAUAUACAAAAACGGGUUGCCAGAGUUCAUUUAUUCUCCUUAAAGUAGAUUGAUUUUAACCACAUCCUUAUACUUGGCUAUCAAUCAUUUGGGAGUGUGUAUGUAGAUAUUAAAUUUAUAGCAAAAGCUUUCAAGGUUUCUUUUAAGGACUUUGCAUUUCUGAACUUAGUGAAAUAAUGUUUAAAUAAAAAACGUUUAUUUUUUUAUUUUACAAAUGUGCACAGAUAAUAGCUGGUAGAAAUGGUAGAAUUGACUUUGGAAUAAUGAUUUUAAAUGAUAAAUAUUUAAUGACGAUCAUUUGGAUUCGAUUUGGUUUGAUUUUAUUUGAUAUCUUACAUUUAAUAUUUUCUUCGGGUUGGUGUGAUGAAAAGUUUUGUGUUUCACUUGGGGCAAAAUUUGUUUAACUCUCGUAACUUGAAACCCUCGCAACGCUCAAGAUUCCAUUUUUAGAAAUUUUGGGAUCUUUAUCUACUUAGCUCGAUAAUAUUGCUAAUUAGCACGAGCGGUUAAACAACAACUUUCACUCUUGUAAAACAAAUAACUAUUUAUCGUCAGUACUAGUAAUUGUACCUGCCGGCCUAGCCAAGGUUGCAAUCGCUAUUGCUUCGACAACGAAACGCUUUGUGUCUCUCGUCUCUCUAUCAGUCUUCCAUAUAAGUGCGACAGUGACAGUUGCGUUUCGUUUUUACAGACCUUAACUGUAACACCUGUGUUCCACAAAUACAAUUUACUUUUCUUGCUCAUCAAAAUGGCGAGAGCAUAUUCGACUAUGUUUAGUCGGUUUCCAUAUUGCAUCGUUCCAAUUUAAUCUAAUUUUUUCCGUCCAUCUCGCAGACAGAAGCGGAUCAGUCGGAAAUCUAAAACGAAUAUCACACAUAAUAAAAAUAUGAAAUUAAACUGUAAUUUUAUAAAAGACAAAACAUAAUUUGAAAUAAAAGAAUGAAAAACUAAAAAAGAAUAUUUUCUAUAGUCAUACAAGGACCGUAAAGUAAGCAUAUUAAUUUUAUUUUAUCAAUGUAAUCGUCAUGCCUCAUUUCGAGGAAAAAAGAUUCAUGUCACCUGGCAACAUUUAUAAGUAAUGGCGGCUGACGAAAAUUUGGAUUUUUGUAUUUACAAUUACGUAAAAAUAUCACAUUAAACUGGAUAUUUACGCGUGAAAUGUUAUAUCAGGCGGUUUGUUUUUAUUCACUGAUGUGUUGUGACACCCAUUCACCGCACAAACAACCAUCUUUCUUGUAUUUUUUAAUUUAUAACCGGGAGGUGUACACAAACCAACUCGACCUUGAGUACUGCAAGGGCCGUUCGGAUACGAUGACACGAGGGCGACAUAAUGUCAUACUCGAAAUGGCUUCACUAGGGAUGUACAGACUAGGCAUCUAGGCUAAUUAUAAAUCUAUGUUUACUUGGAAUAUUCCAGAAAUCUGCACGUGUUCGUAUUUUUGUACCUACACGUAACCAAGCCGUGCCGGGGCCGGAGCUACAGCGUGCACGUGCACGUGUACACCUGCUUCCGUCAGUGUUCGCGCUUGCUUGCCUGCCUGCCUCCGCCACGCCACGCCACGCCACGCCAUUGCCUCUCGCACGCGUGCUAUUUGCAAAAUUUCAAAAUUUACGUAUCGCUUCACACACUAUAUUAUUUCACAUUUUUUAAUUUAAGCACUUGCUAAUCACAUUUUCCUAUUGCAGCUGGAAAUUUGAAUUCUAUCGCCAUUUCUAUAACUUUUAACUAAAUUUUCACUUUCUAUCACAAAUCCUUUGUUUUCUCUAAAAACUUGAAUUUUUAAAUACUGCACGCAUUGCCAAAAUGGAUUUAAAAAAUCUCAAAAAAACACGUGCCUCUUUCAAAUCAAAGCUCACCAUAUUUAAAUCAUAUUUAGAGCCUCUUUUGUCAUGCCAUACGCUAAAUAAUUUGCAAAAUCAUGAGCUGAAUACCAGAUUCAUUAAAAUCCAAGAUAUGUACAAUGAUUUUGAUUCAGUUCAAACUGAUAUAGAAAAUUUGACGGAAAUUCCAGGUGACGAGCACACAGAACGGGAAAAUUUCGAGACAAGCUACUUUGGUGCCUUGGCUGCUGCGCAGGAACUGCUCAGCAGGCACACCGCGGCUGGUGCUGCUUCUGCGGCGCCUGAGGACAAUCUGGUAACGGGCCGAACGCUCACUAUGAUACCUGCUCCCUUGGUGCAAGACUCGCCGAUACAUACCCUAACGAGAUAUCAGAGAAUAGAAGCACUAAAAGCGCAUUUUUGGAAGCGGUAUUAUAAGGAAUUCAUUUCAGAACUGCAGGUCCGAAACAAAUGGCGCAGGGAUGGAGGCCAGCUGAAGCUUGGCGAGAUGGUUCUCGUCAAGGACGACCGCUUGCCCCCCAGUAGAUGGCUGCUUGGGCGAGUCACCGCAGUCUACCCGGGCAACGACGGAGUCAGCCGCGUCGCUGACGUCACCACCACCACAGGGACGCUGAGAAGGGCCUACAACAGGCUCUGCCCGCUCCCACUGACAUUGGACCAGGAUGGUCCAAGGGGGCCAGCUUGUUAACGCGCCCCACUCGCGGACUCGCUGAUCGGGUCCCCGCCUCCCGCGCUCGCUCCCCGCGGGCCGCCACCGCCGGCCCGUCGCCUCAUCGCGCGCCGGCAUUCAUUCCUCCAGCGCUCUCGACCAGAGCGCGCGCGCACACCGCUAAUCAGUGCUCGCGAUACACGUACCUAUUUUUUAUGUAAUUUAAUCGCUCAGACCAAUAUACGGUUUUAAAGUACAA